AUGUCUGGUCGCGGUAAAGGAGGGAAAGGGCUCGGGAAAGGCGGCGCCAAGCGGCACAGGAAGGUGCUCCGUGAUAACAUCCAGGGCAUCACCAAGCCUGCCAUCCGCCGCCUAGCUCGCAGGGGAGGCGUCAAGCGCAUCUCCGGCCUCAUCUAUGAGGAGACUCGCGGGGUGCUGAAAGUCUUCCUGGAGAACGUCAUCCGGGACGCCGUCACCUACACCGAGCACGCCAAGAGGAAGACCGUCACCGCCAUGGACGUGGUCUACGCGCUCAAGCGCCAGGGCCGCACUCUCUACGGCAUGUCUGGUCGCGGUAAAGGAGGGAAAGGGCUCGGGAAAGGCGGCGCCAAGCGGCACAGGAAGGUGCUCCGUGAUAACAUCCAGGGCAUCACCAAGCCUGCCAUCCGCCGCCUAGCUCGCAGGGGAGGCGUCAAGCGCAUCUCCGGCCUCAUCUAUGAGGAGACUCGCGGGGUGCUGAAAGUCUUCCUGGAGAACGUCAUCCGGGACGCCGUCACCUACACCGAGCACGCCAAGAGGAAGACCGUCACCGCCAUGGACGUGGUCUACGCGCUCAAGCGCCAGGGCCGCACUCUCUACGGCUUCGGGGGUUAA